AUGUGCGGUAUCGUCGCCCUCCUCCUCGGUGACCCCAAGGCCACCACGGCCGCCAUCGACAUCCACGAGUCGCUGUACUACCUGCAACAUCGUGGACAGGAUGCCGCGGGUAUCACCGUCUCCCAGGGCGGCCGCGUGUACCAGGCCAAGGGCAACGGCCUGGUCUCCAAGGUCAUGAACGACGGUGCUCGCCUCCAGCAGCUGCCCGGAAACCUCGGCAUCGGCCACCUGCGAUACCCGACCGCAGGAACCUCGUCCGUCUCCGAGGCGCAGCCCUUCUACGUCAACACCCCGUUCGGCCUCUGCAUGAGCGUCAACGGCAACCUCGUCAACACUGAGGAGCUCCGCAGGUUCCUCGACGUCGAGGCCCGCCGGCACAUCAACUCCGACUCCGACUCGGAGCUCCUGCUCAACGUCUACGCCCACUCCCUCACCGAGCUCGGCAAGUCGCGUGCCAACUCCGAAGACAUCUUCACCGCCCUCCGAGCCGUCUACGACAAGUGCCAGGGCGCGUUCGCCUGCACCGUCAUGAUUGCCGGUUUCGGCAUCCUUGGCUUCCGCGACGCCAACGGCAUCCGGCCCCUCUGCAUCGGCUCUCGGCCGUCUGCCACCCUCGAGGGUGCCACCGACUACUUCAUGGCUUCCGAGUCGGUCGCCCUGACGCAGCUCGGCUUCAGCAACAUCCGCAACAUCAAGCCCGGCGAGGCCGUCUUCGUCCAGAAGGGAUGCGCCCCCAUCUUCCGCCAGGUGGUCACGCCGCGGAGCUACAGCCCCGACAUCUUUGAAUACGUCUACUUUGCCAGGCCCGACACGGUCAUGGACGGCAUCUCGGUCUACAGGAGUCGGCAGAACAUGGGCAUUGAGCUGGCCAAGACGAUGCGUGAGGUCCUGGGCGAUAAGAUCAUCGACGAGAUCGAUGUUGUGGUUCCGGUCCCUGAAACUAGUAACACCUCAGCGGCUGCACUGGCCGCGCAACUGAACAAGCCCUACUCCAACGGCUUCGUGAAGAACCGAUACGUCUUCCGGACGUUCAUCCUGCCCAACCAAGGGCUGCGCAAGAAGAGCGUGCGCCGGAAGCUCUCGCCCAUCGAGUGCGAGUUCGAGGGCCGCAACGUCUUGCUUGUCGACGACAGUCUUGUCCGCGGCACCACCUCGCGAGAAAUCGUGCAGAUGGUGCGUGAAUGCAAGGCGAAAAAGGUCAUCUUUGCGAGCUGCUCGCCCAAGAUCACCAACCAGCACAUCUACGGCAUCGACCUGGCCGACCCGGCCGAGCUCGCCGCCCACGGCCGGACAACCGAGGAGAUCGCCAAGCACAUCCAGGCGGACCACCUCGUCUACCUGACGCUCGAGGGCAUGAAGGCCGCCUGCAUGGACGCGGCGGACAAGGACAGCCUGGUGGAGGACUUUGAGGUCGGCGUCUUCACCGGUAAGUACGUGACGGGCGUGCCCGAGGGCUACCACGAGCACCUCAGCUCGCUGCGCAAGGGCAAGAAGCGCCAGGCGGAAGCGGCAGGUCUGGCUUCCGAGGGCCGUGAUGAGUCGACGAGGAACGCGGUGCUGGUGACCAACAGCGGGCCGGUCAACGACGCGGGGCCGGAGUACCGCGAGGAUAUCAGCAUCCACAACUUUGCGACGGAAAACAGGAACCAUGAGUGA